GGGUUUAGGGUUUAUAGGGUUUGAUUUCUUACGUUGCGUGUUCUACCAAUCUUGCUCCACUCAAGCUUAAAUUCUCGAGGUUCUUUGCAGAUUUUGAAAUCGUACUUGCAAAAUCUCUUGUAUCCUCUUAUAUAAUUUUAUAAUAAACUUAUAUCGGUAUCGUCAUCGUUUCCCUUAUCUCUCUCUCCCUGUUUCAUUUCCUUCUCGUUUCAAGGAUUCAGCUUUCUUAUCCUCUUUCUCCGUUUUCUCGUUCCCUAAUUAAUUUCUGAGGGAUUCUGAACCCUCACUUCCCCAAACCCGAAUUGGAAAGCAAUCAUUUCUUGGGUAUUCCUCACAAUCUGUGUACCUGGUCCCUCUCCGUCUCUUUCUGUUCUUCGUUUUUUCUCCUUCAGUUUGGUCCGAAACUCAAAGAAAGUUCCUUUUUUCUUUGCAUCUGCAGAGAAGGGGAGCUUUUGUCGGUAUGGGCUUCCAAGAACCGAGUCUCUUACGCUAUUUUGUGUAUGUAUAGGCUGUAGUGGAAUCUUUGAUCUGCAAUGUCUCAGUCAAUGCUUCGAGCUCUCACAGCUCGGAAGAAGCAAUUUAGUAUCGGGUUCUAUUUUAGAUGUAAUUUUUCUCCGCAACUUCAUUCCCAAGAGCAUGCUCUUGUUCCCAAUCGCUGCAAGUGUUCACCCUCAGGAUGUUCUUAUAGGCAUGGAAUUCUUCGUAACGGUUAUAGGGUUUCUGGUGAUUUGAUUCCGGACCUGAAUCGUACUCGCAUAAUUCGAUCUGCAAAAGGGUUUUGCUCAAAUUCUGUAAAUGAGGUAGUGGACUCAAAUUGUGGAUCCAGUGAAAAAUUGAUCGGUAAUGAGGAUAUUCCCCGUGGGAGCUCCGAUGUUGAACUUGUCGAUAAGAAGCCUAAGGUUGUUUACAAGAAACCAAUUGACUUCACCAAAAUCGAUGCGGAUCUGCUACCCACCGUCAUGAUCAUUGGCCGGCCAAAUGUCGGAAAGUCUGCCCUAUUUAACCGGUUGAUUCGGAGAAGGGAGGCUCUUGUGUACAACACCCCGGAUGAUCAUGUCACAAGGGAUAUAAGAGAAGGGAUUGCGAAACUAGGUGAUUUAAGGUUCAAGGUGUUGGAUUCUGCUGGUAUAGAGACAGAAGUAUCGUCGGGCACUAUUCUUGGUAGGACCACAGCCAUGACAGCUAAUGUGCUUGCAAGGACUCAGUUCGCGAUUCUUAUUGUUGAUGUUAGAGCUGGGUUGCAUCCAUUGGAUCUGGAGGUUGGGAAAUGGAUGCGGAGACAUGCCCCGGAAAUUAAGCCUAUAAUCGUUAUGAAUAAAUCCGAAUCACUUGAUGCAUCACUUGCUGAAGUUGCUUCUGAGGCCCUUGUUCUUGGAUUUGGAGAGCCUAUUGCCAUAUCCGCCGAGACUGGACUCGGUAUGACCGCACUUUAUGAGGUCCUCCGCCCACCGCUAGAGGAUUACAUGGUCAAAGUUUUAAACGAUAGAUGUGUUCAAGAUGAUACCCAGAGUGAUGAGAAUCUCUCUGGUGAUGCCGAUGAGUCCAAGUUGCCAUUGCAGUUAGCUAUUGUAGGGAAGCCAAAUGUAGGGAGCCGAUGGUGAAGAAAUCGCCAAGAAGAGCGUGUAUUGGUGGGGCCUGAAGCUGGUCUGACUAGAGAUGCUGUGAGAGUUGAGUUCGAAUAUCAGGACAGGACUAUAUAUCUGGUUGAUACCGCAGGCUGGUUGGAGAGAACAGAGAGAGACAAAGGACCCUCAUCACUUAGUAUCAUGCAAUCAAGAAGGAAUCUGAUGCGGGCACAUAUAGUUGCUCUGGUUCUUGAUGCUGAAGAGAUUGCAAAAGCCAGGUGCAGCAUGUCACACUCUGAAGUGGUAAUAGCGAGACGGGCAGUGGAAGAAGGACGUGGUCUGGUUGUCAUCGUUAACAAAAUGGACCGUCUCAGAGGAAGACACAACACUGAGAUAUACAAGAAGGUGAAGGAAGCUGUUCCCCAAGAAAUUCAGACCGUUAUUCCUCAGAUAACGGGAAUACCAGUCGUGUUUAUAUCUGCCUUAGAAGGAAGAGGUCGGGUGACAGUCAUGCGCCAAGUCAUUGACACGUACGAGAAAUGGUGUUCGAGGCUUUCCACAGGCCGUCUCAAUCGCUGGAUUCGCAAGGUUAUGAGUAGGCAUUCGUGGAAAGACUCGGCCGCUCAGCCAAAGAUCAAGUACUUCACUCAGGUGAAAGCUCGGCCACCGACUUUCGUGGCGUUUGUGAGCGGUAAGGCGCAGUUGUUGGAUACCGACAUCAGGUUCUUGACCAAGUCUUUGAAGGAAGACUUCGACUUAGGCGGCAUUCCUAUACGUAUAAUCCAGCGCGCAAUUCCUCGGUCAUCCUCUGGUACGGGCGGAGGGGGAGGUGACCGGACAUGUGGACGAGGAGUUGAGAGAAACGCAACAGACAAACGCACCCUUCUUGCCUCUUAGGGUUAUUUACAGAACAUAAGAUUCUUCGGACCGAAUACUUCCUGUUUUUUUUUUUUUUCUGAAUCAAAUGCCUUAUUCACAUGCUACGUCUUUGCUGCUUCGAUUAUUUGUCAUGUCAAGAAUCUGAAUUAUCGCCAUGCAAACGUUCCAAAGUGAUAACUCGUCACUAUAGUUUA